AGACGACCUCGACAACCCACCUGAAGGUCUUUCCGUUAAAGUGGAAGAUCCUGACAAUAAAGACUACCUUUAAGGCCCCAAUCGGCUGUGAUUAAUAGGGGACGGAGAGUUUGCCCCGGAAUGGGAUGUUCGAUGAGCACAUAUGGGUGUGAUGGACAGGUGUCCAAAUACCUGUAUACGGAUUUAGGGGCAUCACAGUGGCGCAGCUCCAGGGUCCUGGAUUCAAUUCUGAGCUUGGGUUGCUGUCCGUGUGAAAUUUUGCAAGUUCUCCCCCUGUCUGCACUGUGAAGUUUGCAAAUCCUUCUUCCUCAACAAAUGUGAGGUUCAUGGACCACCCCUCUUCAUCCCAGAUACACCUGCUCCCAUGGGAGUCCCUGACCGAGCCAGACAAACUCUUCCUCCUGGGCUAGAAAUCCAGAAGUCCAGUAUUCCUGAUGCAGGCCUGGGGGUGUUUAAUAAGGGGGAGACUGUUCCAGUAGGUGCACACUUCGGACCUUACCAGGGAGAGCUGGUAAACGGAGAGGAAGCCAGGAACAGUGGAUACUCCUGGGUUAUAUACAGGAGCAUGCAGUGUGGAGAAUACAUUGAUGCCAAAAGAGAGAUGCAUGUGAAUUGGAUGAGGUAUGUGAAUUGUGCCCGGAAUGAUGAUGAAAAGAAUCUUGUGGCAUUUCAGUAUCAAGGAGGAAUUCUGUACCGUUGCUGUCGACCCAUUAACCCAGGACAGGAGCUCUUGGUGUGGUAUGAAGAGGAGUAUGCCAAACAACUCAGUCCUGCACCUACAGGAGCAACCAGACAGCAAGAAGUAAAGAAUACUCUGCUGCAAGUAUUUUCCUGCUCCACAUGUCCUCGUUCCUAUACAUCUCAAAUUUAUCUUGAUAAACACAUCCAGAGAUGUCACUAUGAAGAGUAUGUGAGACUUCGGGAAUCAAGAGAGAUUAAAUAUGAACUUCAAAUCCCCUCCAAAUGCUCCAGUAGUCAGCCAACAUCAACUGAUAUUCUCAGUUCUGACACUUCUCACAAUAAUGUACAGAAAGGAAUUCACCACUGCUCAGACUGUGGAAAGAGUUUUGGUCAUCAGAAUGCACUCAAGACACACCAUUGCAGUCACACAGGAGGAAAGCCACAUUCCUGCUCACAGUGUGGAAAGAGUUUCUAUCAACGGAGUGAUCUCCAAAGACAUCAGCGCAUUCACACAGGAGAGAAGCCGUAUCACUGCUCACAGUGUGGAAAGAGUUUUACUCGGCAGAGUGAUCUCCAAAAACACCAGCGCAUUCACACAGGAGAGAAGCCGUAUCACUGCUCACAGUGUGGAAAGAGUUUUGCUCAUCAGAGUGAUCUCAAAAAACACCAGCGCAUUCACACAGGAGAGAAGCCAUAUCGCUGCUCACAGUGUGGAAAGAGUUUUAUUUAUCACAAGGAUCUCCUAGUCCACCACCGCAUUCACACAGGAGAGAAGCCAUAUUGCUGCUCACAAUGUGGAAAUAAUUUUUCUUGUCAGAGUAACCUCCAAAUACACCAGUACAUUCACACAGGAGAGAAGCCGUAUCAUUGCUCACAGUGUGGGAAGGGUUUUACUUGUCACAGGAAUGUCCAAGUCCACCAGCGUAUUCACACAGGAGAGAAGCCGUAUCGCUGCUCACAGUGUGGGAAGAGUUUUGCUCAUCAGAGUCAUCUCCAAACACACCAGCGCAUUCACACAGGAGAGAAGCCGUAUCACUGCUCACAGUGUGGAAAGAGUUUUGCUCAUCAGAAUGCUCUCCAAAUACACCAGCACGUUCACACAGGAGAGAAGCCGCAUCAGUGCUCACAGUGUGGAAAGAGUUUUUCUUGUCAGAGCACUCUUCAAACACACCAGCGCGUUCACACAGGAGAGAAGCCGUAUCACUGCUCACAGUGUGGAAAGAGUUUUGCUCAUCAGAGUGCUCUCCAGACACACCAGCGCAUUCACACAGGUGAGAAGCCGUAUCGCUGCUCACAGUGUGGGAAGAGUUUUACUGCCCAGUGUAGUCUCCGCAAACAUCAGCGCAUUCACACAGGAGAGAAGCCGUAUCACUGCUCACAGUGUGGGAAGAGUUUUGCUCAGCAGAGUAAUCUCCAAAAACACCAGUUUAUUCACACAGGUGAGAAGCCAUAUCGCUGCUCACAGUGUGGGAAGAGUUUUACUCAGCAGAGUAAUCUCCAAAAACACCAGCGCAUUCACACAGGUGAGAAGCCAUAUCGCUGCUCACAGUGUGGAAAGAAUUUUAAUCAGCAGAGUAAUCUCCAAAAACACCAGCGCCUUCAUGCAGGAGAGAAGCCGUAUCUCUGCUCACAGUGUGGGAAGAGUUUUACUCAGCAGGGUAAUCUCAAAAUACACCAGCGCAUUCACGCAGUAGAGAAGACGCAUUGUAGUGCCCUUUUGCCACCACUUUGAUGACUGAUUGAUUGAGAGUGCUAGUUCUUUUGACUGACUGUCCUUACCAUUGCAGCAAACAAAUAAGCGAAUGCCCAGAAGUAGAAGUAGUGUGAACUUAAGUGUGGAAGUUUUAUUCCAGGCUUCUGGUUUACAUCCAAUAUAGGUAAGAAAAAUAAAGUCAAUAAACUUCUUGACAUAGCAAGAUGGUAAACUAGAGUACAUCAGGAGACAGACAUAAGAACCUGUUGCUUCCAAUCAGCCACACUUGGUCCUUUCCUGGCCAGGUAUUUAUCAUCUCCCUGGACACAGUACCCUCCAGGCCUGUCGAAGGUGCGCGCACACUAACACAAAGGGUUAAUACUGGCUCCAACACUCAUCACUGCUCACAGCGUGGAAAGAGUUUUACGACGCAGAGUAAUCUGCAAAUACACCAGCGCAUCCACCCAGGACAGAAGCUGCAUCACUGCUCACAAUGUGGGAAGAUGUUUACUUAUUCAGUUACAUUUAAGACCCCACAAGUGCACUAACUCGGAGACACUGCAUGAUUUAAAGUUGUCAAAUUAAAUAUGGUUGUUCCUGUUUUUUUUAUUGAAAAUGACCUGUACUUUGAACUUUAUUGUUCAUGUUAUAUAACUUGAAAAAUAUGUAAUCUUAGAGUGAUGUUUAAAUCAAGACUAUAUUAAUGUUUUCUUUUGAUCUUAUGUAGUUAUCUUAUGUAGUAAAUGGUCUUUAAUUAAUUAUCGCCAGACAAGUAAUGAUUUAACACUAUUAUCAGUGUAGCACUGCAGCAUGAGACUAGUUGUUAAUGGAAUUAUUACUGAGCAGGGGUUUAAUGUACGAUGUUUAACAGAAAAGUGGAUCAAACCAAAUGAGUAUGUAGCAUUUAAAUGAGGCUAUCAUAUUCAUUCAUUCAUUCAUUUUAUUUAUAUAUAUAUUUGUGCGUGUGUGUAAUAUAUGUAUAUAUAUGGCCAUUAUUAAAAAAUGUUCUGUUUCCGGUCCACCAGCCGGGUGAGUGCCGUUUGUGCGGUUGAAAAAUUUUUUUUUAACGCCGGUUUUUCGACAUUUUUUUCGGGUUCGUAAAUCUAAAAUUGAACUUGACAUUUACGCAUUCCCAGGGCUUUCCACUAAGGCUCAUACUAGCCAGCCAUGACAAAUAAGUAGCCAGCUGGGGGGGAGUAAACACAAAAUAAACUCCUGUGCACGCAGUUCCCAGGAUUAUAUGUAUUUUCCACAGACCAUUUAUUUAUUCACUUUACUCAAAUACAAAGUAAAAUGGCAGUAAAUCUUCUUUCUUUUCUUACGUAUUGCAUCAUGAGGCGUUCCUGGCUUGUAAAUCUCUUAUUUUCGGUGCAUGACACAUUCACGCAGCUGAGCAUGCUAUGAAUUAACAAUGACAACGGUCUGCAGUGGGGCUACACAAUUACACACUCAGCGACCAUUUCUCCAUUUGUGUAUGAAAAUACACUCCAACGACUCAGUUUGGUUUCAUUUACAACCAACGGUGUCUUUUGAUGCCAGCACGUAAUUGAACGAGAGAAGACUGGUUUACCGGAGACAAAAUAAGCGUCAUCUCUGCUUCUGUUCCCUCCGACACACUACUGCCUCCGCCGAGUGCGCGCGCACUCUGAACUGAAUCAGCUCUGCGCAUGCGCCGUGCGGCACAAAAAAUGGCAGCCACCAUGAAGGAAGGAGAUCCGGAGUUUUCAAACAUUUGCUUAAGUGUGAAAUCACAAAAUGGUAUUCUAGUGAACAACAAAAUAGUAAAGAUUCAGAAAAACAAAUCAUUAAGUGAUCAUUUUAAUAGUGUAAUUUCAUCCGAACUAGGCCUAACGGUCGAUUUAGAACUACAAAAAGUCCGUGUGUCGGACAUUUUAAGUACCUUUUGUAAAAGUUUUGCAAAUGUUGCAGUCAGCUUUUAAAAUGCUAACUUAAAGUUUUUGUACAAGUUUCAGUUGAUUAAACUGUCAUAUUUUAUUAAAUGUGUCUGCUUUUGUAAUAAAGUACUGAAAGAAAAAGCAAACACAGCAUUGCGAUUUCUUAUCCAUCCAUAAAAAAAAUCCCUCCCUCCCGACUGAAUUUUUUUGCUCACCCGGUGGACAGGAAACUGAUUUUUUUUUAAGGAUGGCCUAUAUGUAUGUAUGUAUGUAUGUAUGUAUGUUUUA